AUGUCCAGCGACAAGAUGGAUGUCGACGCCGCCGAGGCGAAGCUCAAGACCAUGGCGCACUCUGAGCAGCACUACUUCAAGAGCUACGACCACCAUGGUAUUCACGAGGAGAUGUUGAAAGAUGAGGUCCGCACGCGCUCCUACAUGAACGCCAUUGUCCAGAACAAGCACUUGUUCAAGGACAAGGUCGUUCUCGAUGUCGGCUGCGGUACUGCCAUCCUUUCCAUGUUCGCCGUCAAGGCCGGUGCCAAGCACGUCAUUGGUGUCGACAUGUCCACCAUCAUCUUCAAGGCGCGCCAGAUCGUCGAGGUCAACGGCAUGUCCGACAAGAUCACCCUGAUCCAGGGCAAGAUGGAGGAGGUCGAGCUCCCCUUCCCCAAGGUCGAUAUCAUCAUCUCUGAGUGGAUGGGUUACUUCCUCCUCUACGAAUCCAUGCUCGAUACCGUUCUGUACGCUCGCGACAGGUACUUGAACCCUGACGGUCUCAUCUUCCCCGACAAGGCCACCAUCUUUGUUGCCGGUAUCGAGGACGGUGACUACAAGGAUGAGAAGAUUGGAUUCUGGGACAACGUCUAUGGAUUCGACUACUCUCCUCUCAAGGCCACAGCUCUGGCCGAGCCCCUUGUCGACACCGUUGAGAUGAAGGCUGUCGUCACGGACCCCGCGCCCGUCCUCACUCUGGACCUCUACAAGUGCCAGGUUGCCGACCUUGCUUUUGCCACUAACUUCAAGCUGUCCGCCCGCCGCGACGACUUCAUCCACGCCCUCGUCGCUUGGUUCGACAUCGACUUCACCGCCGCUCACAAGCCCAUCCGCUUCUCCACCGGCCCCCACACCAAGUACACCCACUGGAAGCAGACCGUCUUCUACCUCAAGGACGUUCUUACCAUGACCGCCGGUGAGGAAGUCGAGGGCAGCUUGGACGUCAGGCCCAACGAUAAGAACCGCCGUGACCUGGACAUCAAGAUUGCCUACAAGUUCCUCACUGACGACCCCACCCGUGCUGCCGAGGGUGCCGCCGAGUACAAGAUGUGCUAA